AUGCGUAUCUCAUGGCGUCUGGGCUCGGGGUACGUCGAGUCGGUGGAUGACUAUAUCGGCGUUUUAGUGCCUCUGGAGGAGGCUCACCUUUACAGCCAAGCGGCAAAAGCUAAGACUGCGAGCCAUGGAGGGAAACAGGAAGAAAACGAAAUGGGUGAUCUUGAGAUGAAGGAAGAGUGUGAGGGUAUGCUUGGAGGUGAUGCUGCUGAGUACACCGUCGAAGGACUGCGAAAAGAGAUGAGAGAAGGGCGACGAGGGCAAUGGACGACAUAUGAGAUCAAGUCAAAACUCAUGAACAAGGCAGUUGGAGAUAUUGGCAUGGGCAGUUACAACUGGCAACUAUUUGUCCUCUGUGGUUGUGGAUGGUUCGCCGACAACCUCUGGAUGCAGGGAGUGUCACUCUGUCUCCCAUCGUUAUCAGGCGAAUUUGGUGUCGAUGAAAAGACAGUCCGAUACACAACGAGUGCUCUCUUCAUUGGUCUAUCCAUCGGAAGUUUCUUCUGGGGUAUUGGCUCAGAUUUCCUGGGUCGUCGCAUCGCGUUCAACAUGACCCUACUCAUCACCAGUGUUUUCGGUAUCAUGUCCGCCUAUGCCCAAAGCUGGGGUAGCGUCUGUUUCUUCUUCGCUGCCCUUGGCUUUGGAGUCGGUGGUAACCUCCCUGUCGAUGGAGCUCUGUUCCUCGAGUUCCUUCCUGAUGCUUCCAGCGCUCUGCUUACACUGUUGUCCGUCUGGUGGCCCUUCGGACAGCUCGUCUCGUCUCUAAUCGCAUGGUUCUUCAUUGGCAACUGGCCUGUCGAGCAGGGUUGGAGGUACUUUAUCGUCACUAUCGGCAUCGUCACCUUUGCCAUGUUCGUCGUCCGAUUCUUCAUCUUCCACCUUUUCGAAUCUCCCAAAUUCCUCCUCAACAAGGGCCGCCAACACGAGGCAGUUGCUGUUAUCCACGGAUUGGCUUACCGCAACGGCACAAGGACCUGGCUCACUUCAGAACUGCUCGACCAGGUUGCUUGUGAGGACGGUGAUGAUAUGGCUCAUGUUGCCGAAAAGAAGGUUCCCGCCCUUUCAACCAUGGGCGUUAUCCAAGAGAAGCUCAGGUCCUUCUCCGGAGAACGUCUGCGACCUCUUUUCCAGAACAAAACUCUCGGCAUGGCCACAGGUCUCGUCUGGUUCUGCUGGGCUACCAUCGGCAUGGGUUAUCCUCUCUUUAACGCCUUCCUUCCCCAGUACUUUGCUCGUGCGCACAACGAGGCCUCGGGUAACGUACAAUCCGAAACAGACACCAUUUCUUCAGACACAUACCGCAACUACGCCAUCGCCUCCGUCAUGGGUGUUCCUGGCUCUCUGUUGGCCGCUUACCUAGUCGACCAUCCCUCCCCCUUCCUUGGUCGCCGUGGAACAUUGGCCAGCUCUACGCUUCUUUCUGCCAUUUUCCUUUUCCUCUUUGUCUUUUACGGCACAACCUCAACAGCCCAGCUUCUCAUGUCUUGUGUUGAAGCGUUUGCACAGAACAUUAUGUACGGUGUUCUCUAUGCUUUCACACCCGAGAUCUUCCCUGCGCCUGUUCGCGGUGCGGGCACUGGUGUCGCCAGUUUCCUCAACCGAAUUACUGGUCUCAUGGCACCCAUCAUCGCCGCCACUGUUCCUGGUGAUGGUGCUACUACUCCUAUUAUCAUGUCUGCCGUUCUCAUUCUUUCGGCAUUUGUUGGCAUCUGUCUCAUUCCUAUCGAAACAAGAGGUGCUUCACGCCUUUGA